UAAGUUGUGCCUGCGUGGCUUAUUUUUGUAGAACUGAAAACGCCACCGCAAAAUCUAAUCGAAGCCUUGAAUCGAAGGAUCACAACUUGCGCUUUUUUUUUUUCAUCAAUUUUUUCUGUUUGAAUGGCGAGUGAGGAUGAUGCAGUGAAGAAGGCACUGAUAGUAGAUACUCGGGCGAGAAACAUUAGUCACAAUGUGAGGUGCACGGAGUGUGGGAGUCAAUCCAUUGAAGAUUCUCAGACAGACAUUGCCAUUUUGCUCAGGAAGUUAAUUCGUGAUGAAAUUCGAUCUGGAAAGAGUGAUAAGGAGAUCUACAAAAAGCUUGAGGACGAUUUUGGAGAGACUGUACUCUAUACUCCCAAGUUUGACAUGCAAACAGCAGCUUUGUGGUUAUCACCGAUCCUAUUUGCAGGUGCAGCUGCAGGGAUAUGGGCUUACAACAAGCAUAAACAAAAGGCUAAUGUCCAUCUCAUGGCUUUGAACCUUGUUAGAGGUGUUCCAUUGACCCCAACAGAGAAGGAAACAAUGCUUGAUAUUCUUACGCCACCUCCUUCACAGGGAGUUGCGACACCCUCCUGGUGGAUGAGAUGGCGAGGUCAAUGAUCACGUUGACUAUCUACUAUUAUGGCUUUAAACCUUGUGGGAAACUCGGUCUUGGCUUCAAUAUACUACGAAGAUAGUGAACUUGAAGAGAACCUUCCAUAUGGUACAUGUUUGUGACUAGAAGUAGGUUUCAUAAAUUUUCAAGCCUGGUAUUUUAGUACCUCUUUUAGAUAGAAUCGAUUUUAAAACGAUGAACAUAAUCGUAAUCUGUAUAAAUUAAUAACCUUUGGGUAAAACAUGUUUUAGUUCUCUAAAA